AUGAGACCGUAUUCUCUUUUCAGGUCUGGUCUUCUUUUAGUUCUACUGUGUCUUUUCAUUGCUGAAGGCAAAAAGGCAUCCUCAGGCUGUCGAAAAGGAAUGAUCUCCAAAGUGACAGAGAACCUAUAUGUCAAGGCAACUACUUUCAAAGCAUCUAUUCCAAAAGAUCUCAUCAAGAACAGAAGAUUGUUAAAAAAGACAACCAAAAAUUUGUUUAUGAAAAAUUGCAGCGUUCGAGAUCAGCUUCUCUCAUUCUAUGUGAAAAAUGUUUUUGGAGGUCUUGAUUUUGGAAGUGAAAAAGUCUACCUGGCUAGCGCCUUUCAGGCCCUGCAGGAGAACCUAAACAACUGUCUACCUUGUGCUCCAUCCACUAGAAUAACUACGGCUGUCAAAAAAAUAAAGAAAACAUUUGAUAAGCUUGGAGAAAAGGGCAUCUACAAAGCCAUCAGUGAACUUGAUAUUCUCCUUCCCUGGAUUCAGACUUACAUAGAAACCAUCAAAUAA